GCUUGGACUGACAGUUACGUCUCGAUUACGCACUGUUGGCAAGUACUGGGUAUAUACUGGUUCCUAAAUGUAUCUAAAUACCUGCGCCAUCAUAACGUUAUCUGGCGAAUUACACCACCAUCUGAACUUCGACCUUUAUUCUGCAUAACUUGUAAAGAAAUGGUAUUAUCAUUUCGGUCAUGCAUCGAAUUUAGAAUACAGCAGCCGACACCAAUAACAAGCACAAUGCCACAAGACGACCAAGUGUACAUCAGUGUGGUCAAACAAGACAUUGUGAAAUAUGACGUGACAGUGAAAAGCCUCAUACAGGAAAUACGUGAACAUACUGGGUCUCAGGCUGAGUUGGAUGAAAUUGGCUCUUUGGUUCGUUCUCGUAUCAGUCAACUCCGAGAGCAGAUUGAAGAAUUGAAGCGUCUAGCACUGGAGCAAGACAGUGAAAUAGACCGUAUAGCAUUGACUGAGGAGGCUGCCAAGAGCGACAAAAUGCUUCAGGACAACCACCGAGCCUUUCGAAAUGCUCUCCUUACAUCACAGCUCGCUAUUAACCAGCAAAGUAAAGACGAACUCUUCACAAAUAUUGAAGAAAAUGAAGAUAAUGAUGCCAGUGUCCGUCAGCGAGAUCGAAUGAGCCGUGACAUACUAAUGAAAAAGUCUUCCCAACUAUCGGAUGAUCUACUCACUGUGACACGCUUAAUACGCGACAACACAGAGAAGAGCCUCAAGACUGUCGAUAUAUUAGUGGAAGGAUCUCAAACUAUUUUGUCGACCCAGGAGGAACUGAAGACAAUGGGCUCUGUGAUUGGCCAGGCACGGAAAAUCUUAAACAAGUAUGGCCGAAGAGAAAAUACAGACAAGCUACUGAUUUUCCUUGGGUUGGUAUUUUUCUUAGCCUCUUGUCUAGUUGUCUUGAGAAACAGGUUUAUCUUCUGAUAUUGAUGAGUCAACAUGAUAAGAUUCCUUACAAUGAUACUUGUCUUAUUGAAUGAAACACACUUCUUUUGAUGGUGAAAUAUAAGUUGCUUCAUUUUUUUAUGAAUUCAUCUUUUUCCUUGAAAAAGAUGCAACUUCCUUCUUUAAGUUUAGUGAAAUAGACUCUCUUAAUGAUACUCUUGUUAAGCUGAAGUCUUUAAUGUUUGGUGUCUAAAUACAUUGUUGUUAUUUUUGGCUGUAAUAUUACUAAUUUCGUUAAUGGACCUUCAUUAUGCACUACACAUGGUUUACACAUUAAAAGUUUUACACACAUUUUGUAUAAAAGAAUAAAACAAAUACAAAUCA